GCGGAGAAUGGCUUGGGGAAGCCAAAACUGGCGGCACUUCCAACUUGGCGGUUCGCCAUCUCUCCCGCGUCUUCACUCGAACGAGAGAGCGAACGAAUUCUGCCAGCGCAGCGUGCAAAUGUUGCAAUGGACCGAUGACUGAAUGAGUGAGUGAGUUACAGUAUAGUCGAGCUAUUGCGUUGAUCCGAGCGUGGUGCGAUUUCACUUGAUCUGUGCCCGGGACGUGGGAGGAAAUGUCCGGCUGAGUGGUUGGCAGUGCUUUGUACUGGAAGUGGCUUCCUGGGUCGUGUUUGUCCUAUGAGCUGGGAUUUUGAGGAAUUGAAGCCUUACUUUUUUAAUCAUGCAGAGUUGAGUGUAGCAAUUACAUUUUCGGAGUCCUGAAAUCGAGAAUAAGUGGAUCUGGAUUUCACUUAAAGAGGACGAAAUUGAUGGUUUUCCAAGUUUGAAACAUGUUGCACGAGUUAUUGUUGGCCCUUGUGGGCUGCACGGGCGAUGUUUUCAUGGAUGUUCGAGAGCAGGCUCAAGCUCUUGGGCUGAAUGGGGACCAAGAUGACAAAGCAGACGUUGAAGAUGUUGGGGACGAAUGCACCUUUAGGCUGGCGCCAGACAUCUCUUUUCUCCAGCAAUCCGAAAGAGAGUUGUUGGAUCGUCUGCUACGCCUGGGCUUCUAUUAUCGAGAGCUUGAUCGAUUCGUCAUGCGGUCUCGAAAUCUAAGCUGGAUCAGAACACCAUAUCCAAAUGUAGACACUGUUACAAAUGCGGCAAGUGCUUUGGUCAAGAGAGAAAAAGCACCCAGUGUAUACAGGAGAGCCCUGGCAAAUGGUAUCGCAGAAGUUUUGGCUGUUUACAGAUCAGCAGUCCUGAAGGUUGAACAGAACUUGCUAUCGGAUCCUGUACCUGUACUGGCAAGUGUCACACAAGGUCUACAUCAGUUUGAAAUGCUGCUGCCACCGUUGUAUGCUUUGGUACGUGAAGUUGAACGAGAAGAACUGAAGGGUGGUCGUCUUCUCAAUCUGCUUCAUGCAAAAUGUCAUUGUGGAAUUCCAGAACUCCAGGCAUGUAUGCAAAGGCUACUUUGGCAUGGGCAUCAAGUGAUGUAUCGGCAACUUGCAGCCUGGAUGGUUUAUGGGCUAUUGCAAGACCAACAUAUGGAGUUCUUUAUCAGCAGGCGCCAAGACUCCGAAGGCCAAAAUGGACUUACAGACGCGGAAUCGCUAGCCGAGAAAUCAGGAUCUCGUUCAGCUGAAGAUGCUCGCUUAGCUGAUUGGCACACAGGUUUCCACGUUUGUCUUGACAUGUUGCCAGAGUACAUGCAGCUUUCUGUAGCGGAGUCCAUUCUAUUUGUGGGCAAAGCAGUGAGGGUCCUUCGCAAUCCAAGUACUUCUUUUAAACUCCAACCGGCAGGUUCACAGCGGCCGAGCUCUAAAGAAUCACAGAGACCUGAUGGAGUAUUGAUGCAAUUUGUUAAGGACUCACAUUCAACAAGAGCAGCCUAUCAAAGAGUUGAAUUGUUACCUCAAGAAGAUGCCGACAAGAUAGCCUCUGUGCUUCGAGAUUUGAAGGAGUCUCGUGAAUUUCACAAAAUGGCAGUGGAGCGUGCUGUUGAUACCAUACGGGCUAUUGCAGCAACUCAUCUUUGGCAGCUGGUUGUUGUGCACGCUGAUCUUCUGGGUCACCUGAGAGCUCUGAAGGACUAUUUCCUUCUUGCCAAAGGAGACUUCUUCCAGUGCUUCUUGGAAGAAAGUCGGGGUUUGAUGCGACUUCCUCCACGGUCAUCAUCCGCUGAAGCAGAUCUUAAAGUUCCCUUCCAACAGGCAGCAAUCAAAACAAUCGGUGACGAUGAUAAAUACUUCUCAAGAGUAUCCCUGAGGAUGCCAAACUUAAGUAAGACAACAUUGAUGGGGAGUUCACAAGGAGAUCACCUGAGACAAAGAACUGAUAGUGCUCUCACUUCAGUAAUGAAUGCAUAUGGUGAUUCAUCAGCUGGUCCUGCGUAUGACGGAUGGGAUGGCCUUGCGUUGGAGUACAGUAUCGACUGGCCAUUACAGCUUUUGUUCACACGUGAAGUUCUAGCAAAAUAUAGCAAAAUUUUCCAGUACCUUCUUCGACUGAAGCGGAUACAGUUAGAACUGGAGAAAUCCUGGGCAGAAGCUAUGCACUACGAUAGAGCGGAUUCUGCCAAGCAACGAAAGGAUCCAGAGAACGGAGAUUUUGCAAGUCAACGUCGACAGCUGCGGAUGCCCAUGUGGCGUGUACGGCAGCACAUGACUUACCUCAUAACGAACUUGCAGUUUUAUAUACAGGUUGAUGUCAUCGAGUCACAGUGGAAUCUUCUCCAGGAGCGAGUCGAAGCAUCCAAAGAUUUCACGGAACUUGCACGUUUUCAUCAGGAGUAUUUAUCUGCUUUGAUUUCACAAUCUUUUCUGGAUAUCGGAUCUGUUUCAAGAAUUCUGGACAGCAUUAUCAAGCUAUGCCUUCAACUCUGCCGUGUAAUAGAACAACAGGAAGGAACCCCAAGUGCGUCUGAAUUAGAACAGAUUACAGAGGAGUUCAACAAGAAGUCGAAUUCCCUGUAUACCAUAUUAAGAAGCAGCAAGCUUGCCGGUAGUCAGCGUGCCCCGUUUCUCCGCCAAUUCCUUCUUCGAUUGAAUUACAAUUCCUUUUUCGAGGCCACUGCUAGGGGGGCUCUGAACAUGGCUCGGCCUACUCUUGCACACAGGUGAAGCGUUCAAGACGGAUCGUCUAGGAAAUCACCGAGGGCAUGCAUGGGUUUCUAAGAAGACAAGCUCUGCCAUGCAAGCAAAGAUCACUCGGCUCUAGCCAGUAGGUGAACGACUGUAAAAAGCUGAUGUUGCCGAGAUGAACUUCUCUCGUGCUUCAAAAAGGAAGUCCCGAGUGGUCACCGAAAAGUCUGCAAGUGCAAAAGUCCUAGUCUAAUUGGUGUGUUGUGGAUAGACCUUGGGCUCACCAACCGACGUCACACCCACUGCACAGAAAUUCCUCUUUCAUAGUGUGCAUGCAGCUAGCCGGGGCAACGACCUCGGAACCAAAGUCCCAUUGGAAUUAGAGGCAUGUCUCCUCAGCUUUGUACAAUCUUGUCCAGCACUGGGAGUGUCACUGUAUCUGUGCCACUCAUCAGCAGCCAAGGAACUGAACGACGAUCCAAGGGAAUCCUCCUGUCGUGGCGACCUCGGACAACUAGACGAAGCUUCAAGUACUAACUGCAAGCACGCCGUGUCAAUCAAUGGACAUGUAGAGUAGAGACCGAAUGGCCUCUGCCUAGUGGUUCAGCAAUUCAGCCCUGACCCUUCUUCUGUAACACUGGACGGUGCAAGCAAUGGGUAGCUGGCUGCCAAGUGCUGGGGGACCAAUCCACAGGCCACAGUUUCGUUUGGAAGGAUUUGUGUCCGAAGGGAACGGAAGAUCAGCUGUCCUCGUCCAUUAUGACGAAGCUGUUAAAAUAAAGGGUGACGGCAUCGAUAACGGAGAAAAAGUCUUGCCCCCACUGAAUGUUCUCCACCAAUUUCCAUGCGUUGCGGUGAAUGUUUGCAGUUGAUGGAGCAUGGUGCGUUCACCGACGAGUUCCAACAACGCACGGCACAAUAUUCCACACCGUCUCAGUAUCCGGAUCGUCCCCUCGGAUAUCCAAAUGCCGUACCUUCCUGAAAUCACGAAUCACUUUACGAGCAGAAAAGCAAAGGAUCAGAAGAGGUGUCCUUUUUGCCGCAGCUACAAAUUAGGUUCCCCCACUCAAAGAAAAAUUGCUGAGCAGGGCAAGAGGUUCCACGCAUCCGUCAUAUGACGCAUGCACCGCCAGGCCAUCGGUGCCAAGCCCGUCGAC